CGUCCAGCCUAGUCACCAAGUAUGUUGCAUACUUAAAAUGUGGAGUCAGAGGCUUAUAACAAAACAGUAAGCAUAGUGAUUAUUAAGACACGUUGUCAUAUUAUAUACACAUACCAUAAUGAAUGUAGCCGGCUUUGCGUCCUCAUCCUUCCUCUCUGGCACUACGUUUGCUCUCUGCUUCUUCAUGCUACAAUCAGUGAUACGUCGCUCUUCUUCACAUUUGAUCUCUCUACCCUCCACCAAUUCUGAUGUCUUUCACCGUCAGUGAUAUCACCACCACCGCCUCCUCCUCUUCUUCUUCUCCGGCUAUUCCAGUUAAGGUCAUUCCUCUACGGCAUCCCGAUUCCACCUCUUCUGAUGAUGGUCCUCGCCGUCCAUCCAUUCCCUUACAUGAACUUUUCUCCGGAUGGACGGCGAAGAUCAAGAGUAUGACGUUCUUCGACUGGUUGGAUACGUUAUUUCCUUGCUUCAUUUGGAUACGAAGUUACCGGUGGCAUCAGUACUUUAAGCUUGAUCUCAUGGCUGGCAUCACCGUUGGUAUUAUGCUUGUCCCCCAGUCAAUGUCAUAUGCAAAGUUAGCUGGGCUUCAACCAAUAUACGGUUUAUACUCCUCAUUUGUGCCGGUGUUUGUGUAUGCCGUAUUCGGCUCAUCUCGUCAGCUUGCAGUUGGACCUGUAGCAUUGGUUUCUCUUCUUGUCUCCAACGCUUUGGGUGGAAUCGUUGAUCCAUCUGAAGAGCUAUACACUGAGCUCGCCAUUUUGUUGGCACUUCUGGUUGGAAUAUUUGAGUGCGUCAUGGGGUUUUUAAGGCUUGGAUGGCUUAUUCGUUUCAUAAGUCACUCAGUCAUUUCUGGAUUUACAACUGCUUCAGCUAUUGUGAUUGGAUUAUCCCAAUUGAAAUACUUCCUGGGGUACAACGUUUCCCGGAGCAGCAAGAUUGUGCCACUAGUUGAGAGUGUAAUAGCUGGAGCUGAUCAGUUUAAGUGGCCACCUUUCUUGUUGGGAUCUACCAUUCUGGUGAUCCUUCUAGUAAUGAAGCAUGUGGGAAAGGCAAACAAGGAACUCCAGUUCAUACGAGCGGCAGGGCCCCUCACAGGGCUUGCUUUUGGUACGACCAUUGCGAAAGUGUUCCAUUCACCUUCCAUCUCACUGGUGGGAGAUAUACCUCAAGGCCUUCCAAAGUUUUCUUUACCAAAAAGUUUUGAUCAUGCAAAAUUAUUGCUUCCAACAGCGGCACUCAUCACUGGUGUGGCCAUCCUGGAAUCUGUAGGCAUUGCCAAAGCACUAGCAGCGAAAAACAGAUACGAGUUGGAUUCAAACUCAGAGUUGUUUGGUCUUGGUGUUGCUAAUAUAUUUGGAUCAUUAUUUUCUGCAUAUCCGACUACAGGAUCCUUUUCUAGGUCAGCGGUGAAUAGUGAAAGUGAAGCGAAGACUGGCCUAUCAGGUCUUGUAACAGGAAUCAUCAUAGGAUGCUCUCUACUGUUCUUGACCCCAGUGUUUAAAUAUAUACCACAGUGUGCUUUAGCAGCAAUAGUGAUCUCUGCUGUUAGUGGCUUGGUGGACUACGAAGGUGCUAUAUUUUUGUGGCGUGUGGACAAGAGAGAUUUUACUCUUUGGACCAUCACUAGCACCACCACUCUGUUCUUUGGAAUAGAGAUUGGAGUCCUCGUUGGUGUCGGUUUUUCACUUGCAUUUGUUAUACACGAGUCUGCAAACCCUCAUAUUGCCGUUUUGGGCCGUCUUCCAGGAACCACUGUGUACAGAAACAUGAAGCAGUAUCCAGAAGCGUACACUUACAAUGGGAUUGUGAUUGUUCGAGUCGAUGCUCCCAUAUAUUUUGCCAACAUAAGCUACAUCAAAGACAGGCUAAGAGAAUAUGAAGUAGCUUUUGAUAAACACACUAAUAAAGGACCAGAGGUGGAGAGGAUCUACUUUCUUAUCCUGGAAAUGUCUCCUGUCACAUACAUAGACUCAAGCGCCGUGGAAGCCUUGAAAGAACUGUACGAGGAGUACAAAACAAGGGACAUUCAGCUUGCAGUUUCGAACCCGAACAAAGAGGUUCUCUUGACUCUAGCAAGAUCAGGGAUCGUGGAGCUUAUUGGCAAAGAAUGGUACUUUGUGAGAGUACACGAUGCUGUCCAAGUUUGUCUUCAUUACGUCGAGAGCAAGAACCAGACACCCACGAAUGUUGAAGAGAGCAGCAGCUCAAGUUUAUGGAGAAGGUGUAAUGCGAAAAACUCAUCACACACUGAAGUUGAACCUGAUAGUAAGCUUGUUUUAAAGGAACCAUUGUUGUUCAACGACAAAUAAAACAUUCAUUCCGAUUAACACUUGCACCUUAGAUAAAAUAGUUUUUCAAGAACUCAGUUAUUAUUCUGUUACAAAUUAUGAGAAUUAUUACAUUGAUGAUUAUACUGUUAUAUUUACAUCAUUUAAAAUUAUUUUAUAUGAAUUUACAUCUACAGUUUUAUUUUAAGUAUGGUGCACAUUUUUGUUUUAUUUUUUGAAAAAAUUGGCUUAGUUGUUAAAAAUUGUUUUUAAGAUUCGAAAUGCAUCAGUCAAAAAAAAAAUUAUCGAAAAGCAGUUUUUUAAUGUAAAAAUAUUAUAAAUUGUUAAUAAAACUAUUGGAUUAAAGAGGACCGCUACACAGAAUAUAUAAAAAGAAAAUGUUCAUGACUCAUGAGUUGUUAGAACUUAGAAAUUAUUAUGUCAAGGACUUAAGAACGAAUCUAUCUAUAUAUAUAUAUAAUUGUUUGCCUCACUUCUAGGUUAUCCAGCUGAAAAUUCGUUUUCUGAGAGACAACACGUGUCCCCUUGUGCUAACGCUGCGAUUCAUUUAAUUGGAAAUCAUAUUGGGUUUUCGUGUGUUGUGUAUUUGUCCAAUAAUUAUGGGCUUAAUGUUUUUUUUUGUUACGGCCAUGAGUAAACAUCAUGGAUACGACACUCACUCUCAAUCUUUAAUUAGAUUUCAUAUUAGCAGAAUAAAAUAUUUUUAAAAAAUGGUAAAAUGCAUAAAAUUUAUAUAGUUAUAACAUACAAAGUAAUAGCUAGAUUCUAAAUUUGAUUUGUUGUCUAUCAAUUUAUUUCUUUUAAAUAUUAGUUAUAAGUAAAUUAUUCUAAUAAAUGUGAAUUACUGAACCAAUAAAUAAAAAAUUAACUAUUUAUAUAUUUUUAGCAAAAAGAUGUAGAUUGGUUUAUUUUGAAUUUUAAAAUGAAUAAUCAUGUUAAUAUGUUAAUACAUAAAUAUACAAAUAUUUUAAUAAGAAUAAAAAAUAAAAACCCACGUACAAUGUUGAAAAACUAUAUAAAAUAAUCAAUAUUUUGAGUAUUAAAUCUAACCACGACAAUAAAAACUGAAAUCUACUUACUAUAUAUAAGAAAAGUUGAGCAAACAUUUAAGAAAACGUAUAAUACCAUUUAAAUCAUGAACAUCAUGUCAUACUAAUACAAACUUAUAAUCUCUAAUAACACUAAUAAAAAAAUAAAAAAAUAAAAGAGUUUAGUUAGACUUAUGUGAAGAUGAUAUAAAAAUAUUUGUUCAUUAUAAAAAACAUAAGAAAAAGGAAAGAUAAUAAUAAAAUAGUACAAUGUCAGAAAAUGUAUUUGAAAACAAAUAAAAAAAACAUAAACAAGUUAGAAAAAUAAACAACAUCCAACAUUAACUAAAAUGAAUGUAAUAUCCUUCAUCACUUAAAAUUUUCUAAUAAAGAAAUAUCAUUAUUAUAUACAUCACUUACAAAUGCAAAUGCAAAUCUAAAACACAAACCACAAAAUCAUACAAAGGAAUAAAAACCGAAAUCAUAAAUAAAGUAUAUCCCGUCCGUAGUGCGGACCGACUCUAGUAUUAUAUGAGAAAAUGGUCAUGGCUGUUCUCUUUUUGAAACGCCGCCCCACAUUCAUAUAUUUCCCGUCACCACGUGAUUCUUUCAAGUUACAUGUACAUAAUAAUAUAUUUUAUAUAGUAAUUUAAGAUGAAACAUUGUAUUUUUUUUUUGUUUUUUUCUUUACAUAAUAAUAUAUUUUAUAUAGUAAUAUAUAUAUGUGAAUAUAUACUUGAAUAUUUAGGUAAAAUAUAAUUAUAAAAAUUAAAGUGAUACAUUUUUCAAAAAAAUUAAAAUGAUAUAAAAAUAAUAUUAAUAUAAUUAUAUGUAAGUUACUAAAUCAUAAAAACUAAAAUAAAAAAUAAAUAGCAUUUUAAAAUUUUGAAUAAUAGAAUAAUAGAAUAUCAAAUAUGAGGUUUUACUAUUCAUACCUUUAAAAUUAGAAGGUUUAAAAAUCUGUUAAAAAGUUAAAAUUCUCAAAAU